AUGCCCCUGAUACUGAAGUUCGCCGAACCUGAACUUCAGAACAGAAUCAGCAAAGAGGUUCUGUCAGGACAGAAAAGAAUGUGUCUCUGCAUCACUGAGCCCGGCGCAGGAUCAGAUGUGCAGGGCAUAGCUACAGAAGCGGUCGUGAGCGAAGACGGUAGCUCUUACAUCUUGAACGGAGAGAAAAAGUGGAUCACUUCUGGGAUGUACUCAGACUACUUUGUAACAUUGGCGCGGACAUCGCCAACGGCAAUGUCGUUGUUCGUGGUGCCAAAGGGGCCAGGGGUGAACCUUCGCCAUAUGUAUCUUGCUGGCUCAUCCUCGGCAGGAACGGCGUACGUUGAAUUCGACGAUGUCCAAGUACCAAUAGAAAAUCGAAUCGGCGAGGAAGGAGACGGAUUGAAGGCUAUCAUGUCCAACUUUAACCAUGAGAGGCUUUACAUCAGCAUGGAGUCUCUUCGGCUAGCACGGAUAUGCCAUGAAGACUCAGCAAGCUACCUGCUUCAGCGCGAGGCGUUCGGGAGAAAGCUGGUUGAACAGCCGAUUGUCCGCUUCCGGUUCGCUCAUAUGGCUCGUGAGACGGAGGCACUGCAGGCGUGGGUAGAGUCUUUGAUAUAUCAGAGCUCAAACAUGACCAGCCAACAGAGCGACCUUCUUCUUGCCGGUCAGACAGCACAGCUAAAAGCCCAUGCCGGAAUCGUACUCGAGAAUGUGGCAAGCUCUGCGGUUCAACUACUCGGAGGGCUUGGAUUGACCAAAGGCGGACGCGGUGAGAGAAUCGAACGCAUCUGGCGAGAUUUGAAGGGAAACGCAAUUCCAGGAGGGAGUACGGAUGUACUGCUUGACUGGUCUGUCAAGCGGGCUUUCGCUUUGCAUAAGGCGAUGUUAAAUAAGAGUAGUAGUGCUAAGCUAUAG